AAAAGAAAAGAAAAAGAAAACAUGAAUGGUCAGUUUAACAAAGAACUAGAGUUCAUGAAAAGGUUCUAAAUAAAAAUCCAAGAGAUUAAAAUUUAUAUGGAAAGUACAGGCAGCAGAAAUGACCAAUGUGCGGACAGAGUAUCAGAAUUAGAAGAUAGAGAUGCUUUAUAGACCAAUUACUCAGAUACCUUAAAAACAAUAAGAGAACAUGAAAAAUGAAUUCAACAGCUGCUAGACCACACAAAGAGGACUAAUUUAAGAUUAAUUGGAAUAAGUAAAAAAUCAGAAAACAGCACAAAGAGCUUAAAAACCUAUGAAAAUAAUAGCAGGAAAGUUUCCAAAUAUGGGAAAAGAAUUAAACAUACAUAUAAUUGAGGCAUACGUAACCCCAAAUAGCCAAAAUCAAAAAAACUGCCCCAUCUCUCACACUAAUCAAAAUACCACAACUGCAACAAUGGGACAAAAUCUUAAAACCUGUUAGAAGAAGCAACAUAGCAGACUUCUCAUCACAAAACUUAAAGGCCAGAAGAGCUUAACAGUGAAACAUUUCAAGCCCUAAAAGAUAACUUCCAGCCCAGACUUUUACAACCUGCAAAACUUCCAAAAUUGAUGGAGAAAUAAGGUAUUUCCAUGACCAAGAACACCUCAAGAAAUUCAUGACCAGUUGUGGUGGGAGAGCGGAGGGGCCCAGAGCGUGACUUGCCCGCUCCUCGCUGCGUUUCCACUGCCUGUCGCCAGUCGCCACCGCUGCCACCACGCAGCCAUGCCUGAGGAGAAGCCCAAGAAGGCUGUGAAGAUGGAGAAUGACCACAUCAACCUGAAGGUGGCUGGGCAGGAGGGCUCGGUGGUGCAGUUCAAGAUCAAGAGGCACAUCCCACUGAGCAACCUGAUGAAGGCCUACUGCGAAAGGCAGGGCUUGUCAAUGAGACAGAUCAGAUUCAGGUUUGAUGGGCAACCCAUUAAUGAAACAGAUACUGCAGCACAGCUGGAGAUGGAGAAUGAGGACACCAUCAACGCGUUUCAGCAGCAGAUGGGAGGUGCGGCCUCCAGAGGGACCGUCGUGCACCCUGCGUUUGCUGUGGAGUGGUGAGCACACAGCCAAGCUGAUCACGGGAGUCUGGGAGCCGAGUACAAUCACCACCCAACUCACAUCUGUCGGGUGCACUUCCAGUGCAAUGCAGAACUGCACCUAGAGACGCGUCUACAGCUUAAAUUGGGCCAGAUUGUUUUCUGAUUAGAUAAAAUGAGUUGUGAGGUUUUUGGUUUUUUCUCCCCUCCCAAAACAUUUUUUUACAAGAAUUGUAGCCGAAUGUUGGCUCCAUCUGUGGCCAAGUUCUCAUCUCAGAGUUGAGACUGCUCCUGAACUGCCUGUGGUAAGUAUACAGACAGUGCACAUUCUCCCAGGGAGUACUGCUGUGGGACCACUGGCAGAAUUUCAUUCACUUUUUGCUGUAGACACAAGUACUGCGAUUGAAACUUGA